AAUCCAAUCCAAUUUUUUUCACUUUUGUUGUUGUUGUUGUUUGCGUGGCUCUUUUUUGUUUUUGAAAUCAGGAAAAUAUUUAGUGGUUACCGUGGUGUUUUUUUUUUGUUUUCAACAACUGAAAACUAAUAAUUUUUUCUCUUGUCCAAUUUUUCAUUUUCAAGGUUCAAUGUGAUUCUUCUUCUUCCAUCAACCACUAAAAAACCCAGAAGAAUUCAACAACAGUAAAAAAAACAUUGCCAGAAUUUUAUUACAUCACUGUGUCUGUGAUUCAUUAUUAUCAUCAUCGUAAUCAUUCUCUGGGUGUUUGUUUGACUGAAAUUCUUGAAUAAAUCAACUGAAACAUCAGCAACAUCGAAACAAAAAUGAGCAAUAUAAUAAAUAAAAUAUUUCCAUCACGUCGAAAUCAAACAAAACAAUCUGGUUAUGUACCGAUUGUAUCAAAUAUUGGACGGCCAUUUGAAGUAAAACAUAAAUUACAUGUUGGUUAUAAUAUGAAUACAGGUGAAAUUGAAGGUUUACCACAACCAUGGAAAAAUUUAUUACAUGGUGCAAAUAUAACACGUAGUGAACAACAAGAAAAUCCUGAAGCAGUAAUUAAUGCAUUACAAUUAGUUACAUAUGAAAUGCAACGUAAACAAGAAAAAUAUUUAGCUAAUCAAGAUUUAAUUAAUACUGAAAUACAAGAAAUUGAAGAAACAUGGCCACAAUCAAAAGAUUCAUCUAAAAUAUUAUUAGAUGAUGAUGAUUCAUCAUCCGGUGAUCAAAGUAAUAAUAAUAAAAAUAGUAAUCUUUAUGAAACUGAUGAUAGUGAAGCUGAUCAACCUGUCAACAACAACAACAAUGCUGCUAUAACAACAACAACAACAAAUCAAUCAAUUGAACAGGAUAAAUUAGCUAAACAAUUAAAAAAACGUUUACAAUUAGAACAACAACAACAACAAAAUAAUCAUCAGAAAUUAAAGAAAAAAUCCGAAUCACCUGGAUCAAUGAAAAAAAUUUCCGAUAGUGAUGGACAAACAAAAACAGUUUUACGUAAAAAAGAAUUAAAAAAAGCUAAACCAAUGACUGAAAAUGAAGUUAAACAAUUGCUUAAAAGUAUUGUUAAUUCGGGUAAUCCACGUGUACGAUAUAAAAUGUUAAAAAAAAUUGGUUCAGGUGCUUCGGGUACUGUAUUCACUGCAUUGGAUAAUGAAACAAAAGAAAAAGUUGCAAUUAAAACAAUGAAUAUUUCACAACAACCUAAACCGGAUUUAAUUUGUCGUGAAAUUAGUGUUAUGAAAGAUAAUCGUCAUCCAAAUUUAGUUAAUUAUUUGGAUAGUUAUUUAGUUGAUGAUACUGAUUUAUGGGUUGUUAUGGAAUAUUUAGAAGGUGGUCCAUUAACUGAUGUUAUUACUGAAACAAUUAUGCGUGAAACACAAAUUGCAGCAAUUUUACGUGAAAUUGUUAAAGCAAUUUCAUUUUUACAUUCAAAAGGUAUAAUACAUCGUGAUAUAAAAAGUGAUAAUGUAUUACUUGAAAUGGAUGGCCAGGUAAAAGUAACUGAUUUUGGUUUCUGUGCACAAAUUAUGCCACAAGAAAAACGUGAAACAAUGGUCGGCACUCCAUAUUGGAUGGCACCUGAAGUUGUAUCACGUAAACAAUAUGGUCCAAAAGUUGAUAUAUGGUCAUUAGGUAUAAUGAUUAUUGAAAUGUUAGAAGGUGAACCACCAUAUAUAAAUGAACAUCCAAUUAAAGCAUUAUAUUUGAUUGCAUCAAAAGGUAAACCAGAAAUUAAAAAUAGAGAUCAACAUUCAUCCGAAUUGAAUGAUUUUCUUGAUAGAUGUUUGGAAAUUGAUGUUGAUAAACGUUGGUCAGCAAAUGAUCUAUUGGAACAUCCAUUUUUAAAAAAUUGUGAAUCAUUAAAUUCAAUUGUACCGUUAAUUAAAACGGUUAAAAAAUUAUUAAACAAAUAGA